UGACCUAUGAUUAUAAUGAUCAAUAACAUCGAGUUAAUUAAUUGGUUGAUCGAUAUGUAGUGAUUUAAACAACAGGGAAGAGAAUGAGUUAUGAAAAAUUAAGAAAGAUUGCAAUAUAUGGUGCAGUUGCUUCCAUUAGUGGAGCAUUCAUCUUACAUCAUAAAACUCAAGGUAUAAAAAUAUUUACCAUUAAUUUAACCUAGUUUAUUAUUUUAUUCUGUCUAACGUCAGAUUAUUUUACUUGUCAAGGGUCCCGAGGAGAGCACUGGCAUUCAAUGGGUUAUUCAAGGAGGAUUAAUUAACAUUUUCCCUUUUAUGAGAAAAAUUAUCUGGCAUAUUAGACAGAAUAACAUAGUAAAGGCUACAUGUAGGGGAACAGGCUGGGCACAUUCUGACUUAAUGAGUUAAGCAGCAAUUUGCCCUGAUACAUACAUCCUGCAUGUAUGGUGGUUUUAAUCUCUACUGCCAGAUAUUUAAAUACUUGGAUUAUUUAUAAAUACCCUUCAUGAGUAAAUACUAAAAUUGUCUGUCAUUAGGUACAGUAAAACAAUCUGGCAUUAAUGGCAGACAUUCCAGCCACUGGAGCUGAAAUUUAGUCGCACUGUGUUCAGUGAAUUUAUCAUAAGGAGAGUGUAACAUGUAUUAAUGGGUUACCCAUAACUUCUAGACUAUCUGUACAGUCUUCAAGGGGACUGGAAAUCUUUAGGUAUAUGCUGUACAGUAAGUUAAGUGAGUUAUUAAACAUCUAAACUAAUUAUUUUAAGCACCAUUAGGUGGAAAAGGAAGCCUAAUCAAAUUCACUCUUACCUCUUUCCAGCCAACCUUGCAGCCGGUGGAUACUACCAGCUGACAACAGAAGCUGUCAAACAACAUCAACAAACCAAUGACAUCCUGGGUAGUCCUCUGAGGUUCGCCUAUAUGAACCUCGGUAGAAGAGAUAUCCGAAUCACCAAGGAUCAAGCACAGGUUUACAAAAACAUAUUGGAUAACAGGACUGCAUGCCAAGAUGGGUGUCCAGGCUGCAAGCAGGGGCAGGAUAAAUGGUCUUGGGUUCACAUCCUGAUUCCUGGACAAGGACCCCGAUUCUUGAAGGUUGCAAAAAUUGAGUUGGCUCCCAUAAAGCCUAGGAUCCCUUUUAAGUUCACGUCUUGUGCUCCUGUAGGACACUGUUUUAAAAUUAUGUUGUGAUAUGGGUAACAGGGCAGCCUUGUUGGAUCCACUACUAUUUGGUAGUAUUUCCUUUACUAUAUUUACUUGUAUCUUUUAGAUUGUAGUUCCAAUUCGAGGCUCAAAGAGAUCAGGGAAUGUCUACUCCAAAUCAUCCAAGAGAAAUGAUAGGUGCAUUUAA